UCCCUUCCCUGUAUCCAUCCCUCUUUUCGUUUCCAGGGUUUACGAAACCCUAACUCGCAGCCACAGAAACCGAAACUUCGAAUCCAAGAAAACAUGGGAGGCAAGUGCCCGCAUAGAAGCGUCAAGAAACGAAGAUACUCUCACAAGACUCACCGCCGCGCCAAAUUUGAAAUCAAAGGUGACGACAUGGUGUAUGAUGGUCUGAAGAAGGCAGAGAAGGGGGCGAAGCCACUGCCUCAGGAUCAGGACCUUCCUGGGAUGGGCCAAUACUACUGCCUACACUGCGACCGAUAUUUUAACAAUGCGCUGGUGAGGGACGAUCAUUUCAAGACAAAGCGUCACAAGAAGCGUGUGAAGAUAAUGAUGGGGGAUGCACCUCACACUCAGCUGGACGCUGAUUUAGCUACUGGGAUGGGUAUGCCAGAUAAUGGUCCCAAGCUUAUGUCUUUUUGAGCUUUCCGUUUUUGUUUUAUUUUAUGUACCUCGUAGCGGAAGAUACAUGAUACAUGCUUUGUGAGGUCUGGUCUCUGAAUUUUGUGCAUUGUUCAUCAAAUGCCUGACAGGGGAAUAGGAAUAUUUUACGUGAAAAUGGCUGCUGAAGUACUUGCGUAGGUUGUAAAAUCCCAUAUAGUAAUAUUCUUUCUGGAUUACAAGUAAUAUUCUUUCUGGAUUACAA